GUUUUUACUACUUAGGGGCGAAUGUCGACGUACGUAUCCCUACGACAGACAAAUUGCAUAAAAACAUAAAAACGCAAAAUAAAAUACGAAAAACAUAUUUUUUAUUGAAAAUAAUAUUUUUUUGCGCUCUAAGAAAUUUGGCAAAGGAUAGAAUGGAAUGAAUACCACAAGGAAUAGGCAACAAAAUUAAAAUAAGCUACCUUCAAUACACACAGAAAAAGGAGACAAAUAAAAAACAUUUCCUUCACAAUCCAGACAAUAAAUCACGGCUCGAGAAAAUUGGGGUAUUUUUGUGUUAUUUUACUGUAUAUAGUGGGAAGUGUGUGUGGAGUGUUUUAAAUCCAAGUGUAUAAAACCAAUGAAAUUGGAAAGAAUUCGCAGUCGAUUCUAAUAAAAUCCCGCAUAUAUAACAACACAGACAGCAGCAGAGCAGACGAGACAAAGAAAAAAGAAGUUCGAUUCGACGACAAAAACAGUCGUUAAGUUGGUGCAAUAUGACUGUUGUAUGAGUUGAAAGUGUAAUUAAAAGUAAGAAUUUAUACAAAAGGGCUCAGAAUUUGCACCGUUCUCGAAAAACGGGACUGACAGCUAUUGCGUAGGUAUUUAGAACUAAGUUAUAAGAUAUUUUUUAACAACGAAUGGGCGCAAAAGCAAGUACUCCCGCAAAUAGCGGUCACCAGAGUCCUCGUUCGCGAACGUUUUCGAGUAGCUCUACCGGCGCAGAACUACAGAACUCAUCUGUGGACCGGCAACGUGCCCGCAGUCUAAGUUCAGUACCAGACAUGCAUGGCCAGAACAGCAAUUCAUCAAGUGAUCAUCAUAGCCAACAAACCCAAGGCAUUACCACAGCUAAUAGCAAUAACUAUGCCAGUUCAUCAACGUCACAACAGGGUCACAACAAUCACAUGCAGCGUCACACACUGGGGGAUAAUUUACGAAACGUUUCUAUGGCCGGGGCAAGCUUUGUUGAGAGUAUAGCACUGGCAGCUCAAUCAGCUUCAAAUGGUGCAAAUAUCGGCCGAGUAUAUACAGCAACAUCACUUCCAUCGCAAAUUUGGUCCUUCAAUGGUAUUAAAUGUCCGGUGUGUAACAAAUUCGUUUUGCCCGAUGAUAUUGAAUGCCACUUGGUAAUGUGCCUGACAAAACCACGACUCUCCUACAACGAGGAUGUUUUGGCGGACGCCAAGGGCGAAUGUGUUAUUUGCUUAGAAGAUUUAAAUCCUGGUGAUAUAAUUGCGCGCUUGCCAUGUCUUUGUAUUUAUCAUAAAUGCUGCAUUGAUCGGUGGUUUGAAGUAAAUCGCUCCUGUCCAGAGCAUCCUGGUGACUAGUUAAAACUCAGUAUGUAAUUAAAUAACUUUUCUAUUUUAGUAUAAUAUAAUAAUUAUAUAAACUGCAAAAAUACCGAUAUGAUAAACGAUUAUUUAGUUAUAGAUUUAUAUAAACAACAUAAAACAAAAGCAAAACUCUCAAAAAUAAACGUUUUUAAAACAACAAUAACACAACUAUAUAUAAAAUCAAGAUAUGUAAGAGUAAAGCAAAGUGAAUGUGAAAAAUUAUAAAGUUCUAAAAAAAAAAUAACCAAAUAUUGUGCAGACUUUUCGGUCAAUUGAUUCAUUGGACAAAUAUUGGAAACGUUGUAUAACACUUAAGAAUUCAUCUACGGGCAUGUCAUUGCAAUAUAUUUAUGUAUGUUUAUUGCAUUGACAUUUCCAUAUACGUACUGCUCGGACUAAUACGCGACGUAUAGCUGCACAUUUUUCUAGUACUACUGCAGGAUAUAGCGAUCCUUAAUCAACUACUUGCAGUAAGUUUGUAGUUGAAUAAGGAACAUGAAUAACGAACAUCUCGCGUCGUCUCGUCUCUUCUGUAUGCAACAAUUAUAUUUGUACUUCACAAUCGGCAGCCGAUAACAGAAAUAACAUCAUUAUAUACUAUAUUGAUAGUAAAAUGUAUAAUUAAGAGAUUAGUUGUUAACGCAUUUUGUACUGUGACAUAAGAUAAGAAAACAAAACCUAAUUAUGAUGUUGUAUUCUUGUGUAUUUAUCUGUAUCUGUUUUUAUUUCUUUAAUUGUGAUUUUAAUUAAAUUAAAAAAAAAUAAUAAUUAAAAAUCCCAGUCAUUGCAUGGACUACACAAACAAUUUAUAAAAAUACCAAAA